UGUGCACCCUCGGCAGAUGAACUCGAAAUCGGCCAGCAUGAUCAAGUCGCCGUCUACUGGCGCCGGCCUCCCUCGCGUAAAUCGCCCAGGAAAAAUCUCUCUGUCGGAAGAAUCUGCGGGCUUCCACUGGUGGCCCCUUCCCAUCGCGCUGACGAUGGUGUUUUCAAUCUUCUACAUGGGCAACAUCUUAUAUGACAGCGGGUGGCUGGACAAACUCACGGGUGGUUUGGUCUCAACGCAGUUUCACGAGGAGAACAUUCUCACUGGUGGGUGUGCUGCCAUUAAUCACGCGAUGACUUGGCGCGAACUCAGCCGCAAAUCUCGCCAUUGUGCUCGUGGAAGCUACUACGACCCUCUGCACAAUAAUUGUGCCGGGUGCAUCCCGUUGAUUCCCGACGACAAGUUCAUGGCGAUAACAUGGGACACCAAGACCAACUGCUCCAAGCUCGUCGAGGAAGUUGAAACCCGGUAUGUCAGCCAUGUGUACUGGUCGUUCGCGGGGGUGCAUGCAACUACGGGUGCUGUCGUCCCGCCCAUCGACGAACAGGACAACACCCCGCUCGCUAAGUGCAUCAUGCAGCUCCGCACGCGCUGCAUUCGUCAAGUCGGCGUGAUCGGGGACAUUUUCGCGAAAGAAAGCGCCUUUGCAUCACUGGAUGAUGCGAAAUUGCCCACGUUCGUCUCUUCGGCGAUUGACUGGGUCAAAACCUUGAAGCUGGAUGGCGUCAAUGUUGCCGAUCCCACUGGCAACACGGCUACUGGUGCAUGGACGCGUGGUUCCUUCAUGCUCAAGUUGAUGAAGGCGCUUCGCGAAGGCCUGAACGGUGCUGCCUUGCCAAACGAACCACGCCUGACCUUGUCCUGGGACGAAUAUGCAAUGGCUUUCGACACGAAAACGAAUGGCGGGUGUGGCGCGAGCUCUGAAAACGUCCGGUGUUUCCCGGAAGGGCUGGACAAAGUUGUCGACACGAUUCAACUGCAGCUGCAGCUGCGUCCGACGACGGUCGCCGUGGCAAACGUGACUGCCACCAACUGGACCGCCGUCAUUCCUCGACUAAACGAAAAGGUCAUGUACACGUUCUGCAACAACGGACCUGCGUGCAGUGCACUCACGCCAAAGGAUCUCACGUCGAUUGCACACGACGGGACGUACAAGGCCAAGGGGGCGGCGCUGUAUUCUGGCAGUACCGACGUCGUCUCGAACAAGGCGGCGGUCCUCCGCGAGAUGGGGUCGAAGGGCGCGUACGGAAUAUUGAUGCCAACUCAAUUGGUUGACAUGCCCAUUGUGCCGUAUUGAAACAUUUACAUUAAUGGGAUUUUAUAAUUCAAACGUCACUCGACACGCAGCGCUAGUCGUU